AUGGCGAGAGGGAGAGUGGGAGAGAAAGAGGAAGGCGAAAAGCACAUAGGGUUACUAAAACUGGCUCAAACGCUGUCGUUUCUGUUAAUAUUCAUGGCCGGAAUCAUCAUCGGCCUCGCCGCCAGCUCCCACAUCGAUCGCUACUUCAAUUCUCUCCCGACGAUGUUCUCAUCCUCCACCACCACCAAUCUCCAAACGAGUCCUGAUUACUCCAACUGCACAGUCAUCCACCGGGAUUGCACAGGCGACGACGAGAACGACGACGACGGAAGGAGAGAAGCCAAGGCGGAGAAACCCAAGGGUCGUGAUUGCUGGAGCAUCGACGGGUUUGUUCGGCCGGAGAAUCUGAGCCAUGGGAUGAGUGACGAGGAGCUGUUCUGGAGAGCGUCGAUGGUUCCGGUGAAGGAGGAGUAUCCGUACGAAAGGGUGCCGAAAGUGGCGUUUAUGUUUCUGACGAGAGGGCCUUUGCCGAUGCUUCCGCUCUGGGAGAAGUUCUUCAAAGGCAACGACAAGUACUUGUCGGUCUAUGUUCAUACGCCUCCGCGGUACGACAUGAACGUCUCUCGUGAUUCUCCGUUUUACGACCGCCAGAUCCCGAGCCAGAAAGUUGAAUGGGGAUCCGCACUGUUGACAGAUGCAGAGAAGCGUCUCCUGGCCAACGCAUUGCUCGACUUCUCAAACGAGCGUUUUGUUCUUCUCUCCGAGAGCUGUGUCCCUGUCUACAACUUCUCAACUGUCUACACUUACCUAAUAAACUCUGCUUACAGCUUUGUCGACUCUUACGACGAGCCAACACGUUAUGGCCGUGGCCGUUACAGCCGCAAGAUGCUCCCGGAUAUCAAACUCCAUCACUGGCGCAAAGGGUCUCAGUGGUUUGAAGUCAACCGUAAACUCGCCAUCUACAUUAUAUCAGACACGAAAUACUACUCGCUGUUCAAACAGUACUGCAGACCAGCUUGUUACCCUGAUGAGCAUUACAUACCGACUUUCUUGAACAUGUUUCACGGUUCGAUGAACGCGAAUAGAAGCGUGACGUGGGUCGAUUGGUCCAUAGGCGGUCCGCAUCCAGCUACGUAUGCUGAAGACAAUAUCACAGAAGGGUUUCUACAGUCGAUAAGGAAAAACGAGACAGAUUGUCUUUACAAUGAAGAGCCAACUUCGUUAUGCUUCCUUUUUGCUCGGAAGUUCUCUCCUAGUGCCUUAGAUCCUCUCAUGAACUUGAGUUCUACUGUCAUGGGGUUUUGA